AUGGGCGCCAGGCCCCAGUCCGGAUUUCCGCAGCUCCGCGGCGCUCCGGCCUCAGGCGCGAGGGGCCGGCCCUGGGGGGCGCGCUGCGCGUCCGGCGCCCGCACGUUCGGAGCCUGGAACGCCGCGAGGGCGGGCCUCGGGGACGCGAGGUACCGGCCACUCCGGGUCCGGUCGGGACGGAGGGACGACGACAGGGAAAGGGUGCGAGGGGAGGCGGGAGGGAAGGGCGGCGGGGACGCGGAGGGGCCCAGGCCGGCUAUGGAGCUGUACCUCAGCGCCUGCUCCAAGGCUGCCAACGUCGCCGCCAGCAAGACGGCCUCCAGCGGCCUUGCCGAGGACAGCCAGCAGUGCGGAGACGUGAGUGGCAGCCAGCCUGGAGUCGUUGUCCUCCUCCGGGCCCCUGGCCUGGGGGCGGGGCGGGGCUGGCCCCGGACGAGUCACGUGCUGUCCGUCAGGCCCGUAACGCCCGCUCCUGGCGUCCUCGUGCGGCGCGGCCGGCGGCGGCGGCGGCGGCGGGGCCAGGGCCAGGGCCAGGGCCAGGGCCAGGGCCAGGGCCAGGGCCAGCGCGGCUGGGCAGGCACUGGCCGCGACUGGCUGGUAACUCGGGAGGCGGGAGGCCUUCGGGGCUGCCUGGCAGGGCGGGCCCCUCGGACCCUGACUGGCGUGCAAAAAACCCACCUUCCGGGGGUCGGAGCGGCUCAACUACUGGAUCUGCCUCUUGGGGUCAAGCUGCCUCUGAUCCCAGGAAGCAAUACUUUAUUCUAUACUACGAAAUUAAGUGAAAAGGUUGAUAUUUUAAAAGUGAAAUUCAUUAAUUGUACAUUUGUAUUAUGCUUGAAUCUAUGUUUACAGCUUUUUCGACCUUCUUAUGGUUUUAACCUGACUGAUCCUUAUUGUCACCUUUUGGAAAACCAAUAUAAAAGUCUCCAUGAUCCACACUUAAGAGCCUACCAUAAGCGUAAAGAUAUCCUGAGGAGAUUAAAGAAAGGUGGCUACAUUACCAGCAAUAAUAAAAUUGUAUGUACCUUGAGGGAAUUGAAUAAGUACAGGCAGUAUCUUACCAGUUUAAAAUUAGACUUUGAAAGAAACUAUAUAAGAGAACAAAAAAUGCUUUCAAAACAAGUGAAUAAACUGCAGGAAAACAGUCAAAUACCUGGACAUUCUAAUGUUGCACAGUUCCAAAACUGGUUGUUGCAAGAAGGCACCCAGUCUGUUAAGGACCAGGAACGAUUAAUAAGGCAGAGAUACUUGGAUAUGGUAAGUAGGGAAUUAGAACAACUUGAGCGCACAGCAGAAGAGCAACGUCUACUCCGGUUGGAUAGAGAAGAAAGAAGACAGCGGGAAUACACAAGAAGAAAACUUAACCUCCGUAGAAAAAUUGAAGAGGAAUGGAAGACAAAAGAGAUGUUACUCCUGAUGAGGAUCGGAGAAGAUGUUAAAAGAGAAGCUAGGAUAGAGGAACAGCGGCGUAGAAGCAGAGAAGAGAGUGACAGAAAGAAACAGGCCCUUCUAGAGAAAAAAAUGGCUUAUCAUUUACAAAAAAUGCAAGACAAUGGCAUUAAAAGAGAAGAGAUGAGGAAGAAUAUAGUUGAUUACAAAGAACAAGAUGGACCAUGUUAUGAAGGAUCCUCAGUAAACACUAUCCAUCAAUCUCCAAGUAGUUCUAAGAAUGUUGACAAAAAGUCAGCACCUUCUAGUGCUUGUCAUCCAGAUGUACAAGAUAAUGAUACUGAACAAAAGAAAGAAGGAGAGACAAGUAAAAAAUCAAAUAUUUUCGAUGAUAGAGGAGAUGUAUGUAUCUCGGCUCAAAAUUCAGUUAUUUCAGCUCAGAAUUCACCUACAAGAAAUUUUCCCAGACUGUCACACUCUUCUGUGGAUCCUCCAAAAAAUGAGAAGGAGAUAAACGCUGAUUGGAACAGAAAACCAAAGAGACCAAGCAACCUCUGUGAAUCAGGACCUCAGGCUCCUGCCACAGCCCAGGGUAUUUUCCCUUCUCGUGUUUUCUCAAAUAUACAACAGAACCUCCUACAAAGUUGCUCGCAAGAAAAAGUAACUUCUGAAGAACUGAACAGCAUAAUUCAGAAUAUAAUGACCUGGGUUGUGGCUACAGUGACCAGUAUAUUGUACCCAGCCAUCACCAAGUAUGAAGAAAGGUUGCAAAGUAAAGCAUACCCAGCGUCAGAUGACUCCAUCCUCUCUUCAGACAGUUCGAGUUUCUGCAGCACAUGCAGUGAAGAGUUCACAUAUGGAAGCUACACGUCUGCAACAACUAAAACACUCCAGAGAGAGCCCUGCACGUGUGCCGUUGACAUAUCAGUCAGGCGACCAGCCACACCUUUAAAACCACCAUCUGCCAAUGUGGAAAGAACAGAUGUGGGAAAAACAAAUCACAUGAAAGGACAACCUAUAACAUCUGAACUCAAAUAUAAUAAAACCAGCACAAUAUCUACUUACCCUAAGCUCAGAAGUUGUAAAUCUGAUAGUCACCUAGCAUCAUCUGAAACAGGCACAAAAAAACUGAAGGAUGCUACCACUGAAACAGAUGGCUUAGAGAGUCCAUUGCUUUCUGAUCAAAAAGCAAAAACCAUGAAUGAAAUGAAGAAUUUGGAAAAUGUUUUUGUUAACUUUAAGUGUCACUUAAAGGGGGAAACUGAAUUGAUUUUGGAAAGCAUUUUUCAAGAGAUAAUAUCUGAUUUAACACAGGCCAUUCCUUCUAUUUCUUCCGUUACUGCCGAAGUUUUUGUUGACCAAAGUAAGCCUGAAAAAGGAGACUUGGUCUCCAAUGUUGAUAUCUGCUCAGUAGCUUCAGAAAUCGUGGAAAAUAUGCUUGAGAAGCUACAGUCUGCAGUCGAAAAAAAACGUGUCCAGAUGUUUUCACAAGAAGAUUUGUCAGUCAACAUUAAACCAGGCUUAAUACCCAGUGGAGAAUCUCUCACUCCAUCAAAUGGAAAAGUUUUAACAGCCUCACUGCCUUACACUGUGGAACCCAUGUGUGAUAUUGCAGAGGAUAUGGUGCAUGCCAUUUUAGAAAAACUGAUGACUCUUGCAUCUUACAAACAAAAUGAACUUCCUCAUCUUGAAGAUGCAACUAAACUUUCCCAUCAGCAAAAUAUGACAGACCCAAGAUGUAUGUUCCUUAAAAAAAUCAACAAAAAGAAAUGUAGUCCUGAACCUGAUGCAACUAAUUUAACUGUUAAAGAAGAAAUACAAAAUUUAAUUUCAGAUAUUUUUUCCCAGUCCUCUUUGGCUGGCUACAUAGAGGAAGCAGUCAGCACUAUACUAGGAUAUGUACAAACUGAACUUAAUAAUGAGAGACUUAUUGCAUCUGAAGAAACAGUAAUACUCCUUCAGCUACUCAACGAUAUCUUCACUCAGCUACACCAGAAACAAGUAAAAGUAGAUGAUCAAAAAUGUAGACACUCUAGACUGAGAAAUCCUUCUGAAACUGAAGAAAAGUACAGACUCACUGGCCCUAGAUUAUCGACUGGCUCUAGGUCUGGAAGGCCACUCCCACCUAUUAAUGUUCCUGGCAUGGUCCUUUAUUCUGAAGAUGAUAAUGAAGAAAUAGAUAAAAUAGUGGAAAAUGUGCUUGCUUCUUCUUUCAAAGAUGAACAAGCAAAAUCACAAGAACACAUUCCUGAGCAUUGGUUUACCAAAGGUGACACUUGUCUUGAAUACAAAAGAAAUAGCAAACUGCCUACAAAGCCCACUUCUCCGAGAAGCAAAGUUGCAUUCUGUGAUCGGAGGUUAAAGACUGAGCUACCAUCUUUUAAGAAUAAAGAAAUGUUAAAAGAAAAGCCCUGUUUGAAUAAAGAAAUUUUGUUUAGCCAAGAUCAAAAGUAUCAAAUACAAAAGGCUUCAGAAAACAUAGUUAAAAGUAUUUUAACAGAAAUGCUCAAGGACAUACCUUCUGUUCAUCCUGGUCACUUAGACAGUAAAACUGACAAUGAAGCUUCAGUUCCUGUUUCAGAAAAAACUCAAGGACUAUCGCAUCAAGAAUGGAUGGCCCAGAUGUUUUCUGUGUCAGAAAUUAGUACAGUGGCUCAAGAAAUAACAGAUGCUGUGUUAAAUAUACUUCAUAAGGCAAGCUGCUUUUCCAGUACCACCAAAAGUUCCAUUUCAUCAUCAGUUCAUCAAACUAUUCUCGAUAGUUCUGACACUCUCCAUAUGGCCAAAGCAGCACCAAAUAAAAAGCCACUAAAAAUAUGGUUUGGCAGUGAAAAGAAAAUGAAAUAUUUAUCUUCACUUGAUGUAGAUCCUACAAAGCCUUCCCUGUUACAAUCUGAAGAAAGUCAACCUAAACCUGUAGGUGACGUUAUUGGUAAGAUCAUUGACACAGUUUUUAAAAGGCUGAAGUUAUUAGUUUGUCCAAAAUUGCAAGUGGGCUAUAAACCUUCAUCUGCAGGUCGGUCUUCAUUACAAUCUGAACUUAGUACUUACACAACAAAAGUAGUAAACAUUGUUUUGCAUGCUAUCCAGAAUGAACUGGAAUGCAGUAAGAAAAACCUAGAUCUUAGGGAAACAGACCACACCAAAUCCCUUACAGAUAAAGGAUUUUUUGCUGACACUGAUGAAUUAGAAUCUGUUGUCUCAAAUCUAAAUGAUGACAUUAUGGCAUCUCCAUUAUUAACUUGUAUUUGUGAAAUGUUAUCUAGUGGACGUUCAGAUCAAAGUGAUAUUUCACUCCCUUCAGAUAAUCCAGAGCCUACAACUUCAUAUGGAUCUGACAAUGUUGAUAAACAGAACAUUUUGCCAAGUAGGCAGGAUAAAAAAUCUUUUUACAAAUAUUUAUCUACUCCAUGUGCUCUCCAUAGUGUCUUUAAUGGAGAAGAUCCCAAAGAGAAUUCCAGACUGCCGGUGUUAGACAGCAUUGGGGAAACACUGUAUGAAAUGUUAUGCAAGCUCAUAGGAGCCCCCUCUCACUGUCAGCCAUCUGGUAGUCAGCUAAACGAAGAGAAGAUCAUUCAGCAUCAGCAAACAGCCACUGAACUGCAGUCUAAUAUUCAGCUCAUUUCCACAACAAUUUUGGAAUAUAUCCUUACAAAAUUAUGUAAUGUUGACAUGGAUACUAGUGUUGUAAGUUCUGGAGUUAAAGCUGUCUCAGAGUCUCUUGAUAUUGACAGCCUAUCAUUUGCUUCAAUUAUUGAGGAAAUGACCAAAUGCACUAACAUAAUCUCCAGCAUAAUUUCCAGGAUGGUUCAGAAGGAUAAUAAAGAGAUGACCAAAAGCAAGCAAAAAACUAUAGUGUCUGUGUCUUCCAGAACAGGGCGUACAAAAGAAAUACAUUCAAAUAAACUGAAAGCUGUGGCUUCAGAUAUUCUUAAUACGGUUUUUGCUAAACUGGAAGGGUUUGCCAGUGGCAAUUUAGAAACUAUGGUUUCCAUUAAUGAUGGAAAUGAAAAAAGCAGUAAGAUGGACUUGGCAUGUGAAAGUCCCCGUGUUUUCACAGACACACUGCAGUCUGCUUUAUACAUGCAGGCAAAGAAGGUAUCAAGUACUAUUUUGAAAGCUAUUCAAACAGAAUUAAAUAUGAACUCUUUAGAUUUGAAGACAAGGGUAAAAACCACACCACCUGAGAAACAAACACUUAAGAAUAUAAUCAAUUUAAUUUUAGAUGGAAUAUCCUCAGAUAUGUUUAGUGAAACUGAAUCUGAAGAGAGAGGCCCUGAAACUUACCGAUACAGGCCAACCUAUGGAAAUUUUCUUCCUGGCGGAGCUGAAUCAGAUUCAUUUCUAGAAGAUACUGCAAAUACAGAGAAAGAAUUCACUGGAGAGAGAACAUCACUAAGAGAAGAAACUAAAUCAGAUUCUCUUCAACAAUGGGUUCUAGAAAGGACUUUAAACAAAAUUGAAGUGAAACUCAAAGAACCACAGAAAUCUCCAGUCAUUCCCAUUAUAAGAAAUAUUUUGAAUGAAAUUUUUCAAAGUGCUUUGGUCAGUCAGUUAAACGUGCUCUCUCUCUCCCAUUCAGGUGGCAUCCCUCAGACUGUCGGUGGGCCAGUUGCUCAACCAUCUGUUCAAUGUGUAGAUAAAAUGAUGGGUCCUUUCGUGUCUGAAGCAGACGUAACUGUAGUGACAGAUGAUGUUGUUAGAACUGUGUUUCAUAAACUUUACUCAGCGGCUAUGACAGAGAGAAAUGCAAGUGAAAGUAGGUAUAAAGCCAUCACCUUUUCAGCAGAUGUUUCUUUUCAUGACCACAGCUUCGGAGGAGGAAAGCCUUCCAUUACAGUGCCGGACAAGAAUCCAUCUACUCUUCAGUCCAAAUUCAGUGCUGACAAACAGGCUAAAGUAAACAUAGUUGAAGAUAUUGUACAGGCAAUAUUAACAAAUUUAGAAGCUUUUGCUACUUCUAAAGUAAACUCUCUCUUUUUUCCCCAAAUAAACUUCACAGUUCCAGUGGCUUUCCCUAUUCAGCAGAAUAAGAGUACAGUAAGCAAAGCAUUUUCAGCCAAAGAUUUGUAUUCUGAUGAUCAAUUUUCCUGUUGCUCAGUGUAUCAUAGUAUGUCAGAAAAGACCAACUCAUCAUGUCAACUCUCUCUGAAUAAACUGAAUACAUAUGCAACAGAAGUGGCCAGAAAAGUUUUACAAGGAAUCAAACAUGAAUUAGAUAAAGAGAGGGAAAAUCCUUUCUUAACUAGUAACAUUGUGGUUUCUGAAAGUAUUGCAAGUCAGAUUGUUAACACAGUGUUAGAUAUUAUAUCACUUAAAGGAAAAUGUGACAACAAUUCUGGCAAAGAGACUGAUUCAGAUCAGCAAGAAGGUAUUGAAAAGCUGUUUAGUAAGACUGCGUAUCGACAGGCACUUCAGUUUCAAAUACAGGAUACCAUUGAAAGUAUCUUAUGUGAUAUUUAUGAAAAGACACUGUAUCAGAAUAAUCUCUCAUUUGCCACACCUACUUUGAAAUGUAGCAUAGUUGGUAAACAUUCCAGAGCAAAUUCUGAAAUGUCCAUUGAGGGUGCAAAUCAGCUUCUUCCAAAACAUUCAGUUCCUAAAUCAGAUGUUACUUUGAUAUCCAAUGAUAUGGUGGAUAUUGUUCUUCAUAAUCUCAGUUCUCCCGUCAUACUUGGCAUAAAUGCAAAAGAUUCUAUUUCUGCAAGAUUGCCCUUAACCUUUUGUGAUAUGUUUCCAAAAGCAGAGUGUCAACAGCCUCUUUUUAUGGGUUCAAAAAGUGAAAGAAAAACAGAGUAUUUUCCAUCUUCAAAAAAUCUGAAAUCAGCUUAUGCUAAUGAUAGUCAGAUAACUGUAGUAGAGAGAGGAGACACCAAGAAAUCUGUUCCUGACUCAUGUGAGGAAAAUGCUGACUUUAUUACUAGAACUAUUUUCAAUCGGUUAGAAUCAUUUGCCACAGAAAGAAUAGAUUCGUUAAUUAAUCUCACUUUCCAGACUAAAGAAAAGUCACUUACGAGCCCGGAACUGGAAAACUGUAAACAAGAUGACAGCAUCUUUCAUGAAUCAAGCCAGGGGGAAUCAAAUGUGAAUAUUCUGAAAAUAUCAACUGAAACUAUUCUCGGCCAAGAGCUCACAGGUUCCACUUUUGCCAGUUACAGAGAAAAACUUGGAUCCAUAAUUCACCUAUCACAAUCUAGUCUUAAGGAAUAUGCUGAUUUCAUUGCCAGUGCCAUUUUGAAGCUUAUUAAAAAUGACUUAGACCUAGAAAUCCAAAAGAUGCAUCCACAUCCAAACAACAUUUCAUUCCAAGAAAACAUCAUUGUGAGUGAAAAUGUCAGCAGUAUCUUAAAGAUUUUAUAUGAUAAAAGAUCUUUAAAGGAAAUUAGUUUUUACUCAAAAGACAAUCCUAACUUACUUUCACAACUAACUGUAUCAAAUGAAGUAUCGCUGGGACAAAGAGAUCAGGAAAAAACAGACAAACUACAUCUGUUUUCAGAGUAUCCAUUAGAGCAAAACCAAAUGGCUUUGGAAACAGAAAGCCAGGUAAUUGUUUUGGAAGAAAUAUUUAUGAGAAAUGAAGAAUCAAAACAAAAAGAAAGAUCCGCAUUAUUCAGUGCAGUGGAAGAAGUUUUAAAUAAAGUGCAUCAAAGAAUAAUGGAAAUCAUAGGCUAUUUGCCUUCAUUUAAAGCAAUCCCUCACUUUAUAUCCAAUUCUAAAAUUAAAACAUCAGCUAUAACACAAAAAAAUUUCUCUCAAUCACAUAUUAACAGGGUAGCGAAUGACAUAAUUGAAAGUGUUUUGGGGAAAAUGUACUCUGUAGUUGUGACAACAUUACAGGAAUGUAAUAAAGUAGAAGCAGAUGACAAAAAUAUCUUACCCAAGAAACCAUCAUGCAUCAGAGAAACUAAACAAGCAGGAAUAGGAAGUAAUCUCACUAGAUAUGUGCUACCACAGGUUUAUCCCUAUGCAGGCAAUCGAAAUGUUUCUAUAUCUUUUUUACAAUAUUCACCAUUGCAAAUGGGUAAGGAUUUAGUCCAAGUGGUUCUCAAUAAGAUCACAAAUUUUGCCUCACUUUAUCUAGAAGAGACGCUGUCCCGUGAAGGUGGUUCUGACGAGUCACAGUCUAUAAGGCUACAUAGUUCUAAAGUGAGCCCUAAGGGAAGUCCUAAGCCGAGUUUUAAAACGAAUUUAAAAGCAAGAUCGAAAGUUACUCCUUUGCCUAAAUUUAGAACAAAACCACACGUAGAAACUAGUCAUGCUAAGACCAAAAGCAAGACCAAAUUAGGUCCUGGAGAGAAGACUCCAAAAGAGAGCUCGUCCAAGACUGCCAUUGGGCUGCCACAAAUCCUGUCAAUGGGAGAUGCCAAAAACUUACUGGAAACAAAACUGCCUGCUUCAGAACUAAAAAUGUAUGCCAAGGAUAUAAUAAGUAAUAUCCUGAAAACAACUGCAAAAGAAUUUGAAAAGGUGAAGCAAGCUAGAGCAAUGGUAAAUGCUAAAGCUUUACCAACUGAUCAAAUCUUGGCAGCAAAUAAAAUAGUUAAUACAGUUUUGCAAGGAUUAAAUGCUACAAAUAACCACAGUUUGGCUAAUCCGAUCAAAUUCUCACAUCUGGAUGAUCCCAAACUUUCACAGGGGACUAUAGAUGCAGGGUCUCUUGCCAAACCACAAGCAUGUUUUUACUUGGAAAAUGUUUCUUCACAGUUAGAACAGAUUUUUCCUAAAGAAGGUAUAUUUAAGAAAAUGUUUGACAAAUGGCAAGCAGAAUCAAAUGAUAUGGAAAAUGAAAAAUGUAAGCUAUUGAUGAUAGCUGAAAAUGUUUUGACUGAAGUUUCAAUAAAGGCAAAAGAAUUAGAAUAUUCUCUUUCACUUUUAGAUUUGCCACAUCUUGAGGAUUGUGAAAGCAGGCUUCAUAGUUGUUUUAAAGGAGCUUCUUCUAGAGCUGAAGACACCAAAGCACAAAUUAAUAUGUUUGGAAGGGAAAUUGUUGAAAUGCUAUUUGAAAAAUUACAGCUGUGCUUUUUGUCCCAGAUGCCCACCACACACAGUAAAGAAACUCUAGAAUGUAGGAAAGAACACAUUACUACUAAAAGUAAACAUGGCUUUCCAACCAAGGACAUCCUCAGCAGUGUACCAUUAUAUAACACUAAGAUAAAAGACCAAAUUUCUUUUGGCUCUGGCAACCAAAUUGUUCGAGAAAUUGUAGAAAGGGUUUUAAAUGUGUUAGAGUCAUUUGUAGACUUACAAUUUAAACAUAUCUCUAAAUACGAGUUUUCUGAAAUAGUAAAAAUGCCUAUAGAAAACCUUUUUCCUAUCCAACAGAGACUAUUAAGCAAAAAUAUCUUGCCAAAAUUACAACCACUAAAAAAAUUUUCUGAUGAAUCCAAGUCAAGUACUGUUACUUCCAAGGAAAAUGUACAGAAUACCCUUCUACAGAUUCAUUCAUUCCAUUCAGAAUUACUUACAUAUGCUGUUAACAUUGUCAGUGACAUGCUUGAUAUAAUUAAAAACAAGUUAGACAAAGAAAUAAGCCAAGCAGAGCCAUCUUCAACUAGCAUAUUGAAAGAGAACAUGGCAGCAAGUGAGAUCAUUGGAACACUGAUGGACCAGUGUACUCAUUUCAGUGAGUCUCUGAUCAAAAACCUUCCAAAGGAAAGUUUGUUCCAAGGAGUAGAAAAUACCUACAUUGUUAAUCAGGUUGAAUUAGCCACUAAUAUGAAAACACCCAUGUCAAAGUCAAAGGAAGCAAGUUUUACGAAUAAUUCUCCACAGAUCACUGUACCUGGUUUGGACUUCUAUUCAGAGGAAGAGAUGAAAAAAAAGUAUAAGUCUUCAUCAAAUUUACCUUCAUAUGCCAGAGCCCCUGUGGAAGACACAAUUAAAAGCUCAGAGCCAAUGGAAAGGCCUGCUGCAGAAAAUACACCAUCAUGCUCUAGAAACAAAGUACAAGACUAUAACCCAAGGGAAUCUGACUUUGGCUAUUUUGACCAAGCUAUGAAAGGAAAUAGCUCCCUCCGUGAAGGCACUGUCUUACAAAAACUGUUAAAGAAAGAAAAUGAAUCCACAGAAGCAGCAUUAAAGCAAGUCAUGUCAUUCAUAGAAAUGAGAAAAGGUGCAAAUCCAAGAGUAUUUCAUUAUGAGAUCCCCAAACCAGUUGUUGAGCCAAACCAAAUUCAGACAGCUGUUUCUCCACUCAAAAUAUGUUUAGCUGCAGAAAAUAUUGUCAAUACUGUUCUGUCAAGCUAUGGCUUUCCAGGUCAACCACACUUUAAUGAAAGCAUGGAAACAAUGAAACCAUUUUUCAUAUCAAGGCAAAACCCUUUGUCUGUAACAUCUGGAGGACAAAAGAGUGAGGAGAAAAGUUUGCUUAGAAUGUGGGAUAAAAGAAUCAGCUGUAUACCUGAAGAAGAAUACAAACAAACUGAAGCCAGUAGAGGAUAUAUUUCUUUAUUGCAAAAGUGGGAAAAUAAGAAUUAUCCUACAUUAAAGACUCUGAAGGAAGUUGAAGUCAUUGCUUUUGCUGAUCAUGAACUGGGUCCGAAUGAAAUUCAUCUGGUAGCAAGACACGUCACAACAUCUGUGGUCAUGUAUUUCAAGAACUUUGAAACUAGAGUUUCCAGUGAGGAGAAAGUGUCUAUUGUUUCCACAUUGUCAAGGAAAAAAUAUGAAUCAAAACAGCCUCUAAGAAGCAUAUACAGUGAUUCUUCGCUUUAUCAAUUUUGUGAACAUCUCACUGAGUCUGUUAUUUGCCAUUUAAUUUCAAGCAUUUCUGAUAGUACCAAAGAUGGCCGAGAAAAAGAGAAAGCAUGGGAAAGACAAAAUGCAACAUUUAAGAUGAUUAUUUCAAUUGAUUCUCAAGUGUCUGAGAGUAGGUCAAUUUCUAUCGGUGAACUUGCUUUAAGUAUUUCUGAAACCAUUACUGAAAUCCUUUCAAAUAGUAACUUCAUAAAGGCUGACAUUGCACAGCAAAUGUUUUCAUUAAAAACGAAGUACAUUUACUGCCCAGGAGUAGCUUCUGCAGAUUUUGAUGAUCUCUUUCAGGAUCUCUUAAUGGGAGUGAUUCAUAUAUUGUCCAAGGAAAUAGGGUUAAAUCAUCACCUUGAAAACAGUGGAAGAAAUAUACCAUUCCGCAUGCUUAGAAGCAAUCAUGUGCCCAUUUGUGACCAAAAAAAUACCAUGCAAAGACGGAAAGCUUCCAGAGAACAGGAAUCAUCUAUUCACCAAACUGAUCAUCUCAUUCAAAAAAAUAAAUUAAAUUAUCUGGCAUAUAAAUUAGAUAGUCUGGCUCAUAGCCUAAAAACUCAUGAAUCCAAAGAAGUAGUCAACAAAGUUUUUAAUAUUGUUUUGGAUUUAUUUUUACCAGAUGAACACCCAGGUGAGGCUAUGGAUUGUGAUAAAAAAGCAAAAACAUUUUUCUCAUCAUCAAAUGACUGGCAAAAAAAUAGUAUACUUGGAAAUAACUUAGGGCUUACCCCCAAAUCAGUUUUUCUCCUCAAUAUUGUAUGUGAGAAACUUAUUAGAACACUUUUGGAGAAAUGCACAAACUCUGUCUUUCUUGAUAAUAGCCCUUUUUCUGAAGAAAUAGCAGGAGAAUGUCAACUUUUCAAAAUACUUCAAAGUGUAGAAGAUGAAGAAUUUGAUUAUUGUAAGGGAGUGAUGGACUGUGAACAAUUUCAAGGAGAUUAUGUGUUGGACAUUUUGGAAAAUAUGGCAGAAAUGGAUCAAGAUUUAUUGUCAUCAGAUUCUAUGCUUACUAUUAUUUCCCACAGGUUGGUUAAAUCACUGAUGGACAAGCUAUGUCACAGUGUACAACUCCCUCAGAGUCCACCUUUUGAAAACAAGCAUUUGAAGCAUAGAACAAGAGAAAUACAGUCUAGUUCCUUAAAAGCAAAAAGACCAGAAUUAACAGGAUUAGGACAAGGUCAAGACUCUUUAGGACUCAUGAGUUACGGCAAUGCUUUGACAGCAUCCCUGAAUAAUCCCAGUAUAGUUAGCUCCAGAAUACAAGCACCGUUUGGCAAGAAAUACUCAGUAACUCCCUCUAAUGUGUCACCUUUUAAAAGACAGGGAACAAAGGAUAUGGAUACAAUAGCCACCCAUAAUAAGCUUUAUCCAGGAGAUAUGAAUACAGGUGUUUAUUCAGCCACAUUUUUGGAGGAAAUAAUUUCAGAACUGUUUUUUAAUCUCUCAACUUCACUGUGGGUCAAAAAUGAAAACAUUUCUGAGGCCCAGCUCAAUGAGUUGAAUGCAUUAUUUGUCAACAGUGUGGUAAAUGAGUUCAAUAAUGCAGGAGUCACUGUUUUACGGAAUUCUGAAGAAAGGUUGUGUUUUCCACCAGUUCAUAAAGAAACUGUUAGUAGGAUUGUUGACUCAGUUUAUCAUGAUGUUUUACAGCAAUAUGAAUUGAAAGUGACCUGUGGUGGUAAUCUGGCAUGUGACAGUAUUUCAACAGCAGAACAAAUAACUAACAGCAUAUUAUUAGAGAUUUUAGACUACCAACUCCCAUCUUGCUUCAGGGGAAAGCUCUCACAUACUUCAUAUUACCCUCUCAGAGCUGAAGUUAUAUUACAGAAACUUCAAAAUAACCUGAGAGAAUUUACUUCCCAAUGCAGGUCUUCAACAGGCUAUAGCACCAUGUUAUCACAAUCUUUUGUAGAAGAUAUCAUCAGAAGACUUUUAUCUCAGCUCAUUCCUCCACCCAGUAAGGCUUCCUCUUUGGGAAAAAAAUAUUUAAUGAGUUCAGAUUUUAAUGAAAUGUCUACCUGCAUAAUAAAUAAGGUUAUAUCUGCCAUUUCAAAACAUAAAAUUUGGUUCACUAUAUAUGAUAAUCAAUUUCUAUGUACUGGAAAAAACCUCCAGAAGAUGGUGGAUUCUGUUUAUAGUAAUAUUGUGCAAACAUCCGACUCUCUUGUUUCAGUACAGAGAAGUAUAAUCAGUCGAAGCCCGAUUAUGGUUGACCGAAUUGCCAGCUUUAUUAUCCAGGAGAUUAUUGAAAAUCAUCUUCAACCUUUUUUGUGUGGAGAAGGUUUACCUCGUCCAAAGACUCCAUCCGAUGCAAUAUCAAAUAUGGUUAAACAGGUUCUCAGUGAAGUCAUAGAGUCACACAGACCCCAGACACCAUCACCCUUGGGUAUUUACCCUGAGACCUUUGUAAGGGAAAUUGUUGCCAGACUUUUAUCAAAGAUUUUCAGUCCACAGUUCAACACUGAAAUUGAGUUGGGAAACAUGACCCAAAAAAUAGUAAAUUCAAUAAAUAACCAUUUUGACAAAGCUGAAGUUCACCUUUUGUAUGAUGACAAAGGAAAGUGUUACCCUUCUGUGCAUACAGAUGUUGUGGAUGAACUCGUCACUUCCGUUUAUAGAAAUGUUUUAAAACAGCACGGACUAGACCCCGGGGUUGAUAAAAAGCCUGAAGUCAGUGAUGUUUUUGUGGAAAAAAUUACUAACCUAGUUGUAGCAGCUAUUUCAAAUUACCUUCUUCAUCCACUGUUCUCUGGGGACCUGUCAUCUUCUUCAUACUCUAUUUCAACAGCUGAGAAUAUCAUUCAAGACGUUCUUAGUAACAUCAGUAAAUCUACCAACCCAAGUCAGAGUUUAUCUCCAUAUAACACCUUGCUGCCAUACACGUUUUUAGAAGACAUGAUCAGAGUACUAUUAUUUAGAAUCUUUCCUUCUGCAUCCAGCAUUGUUCCAGACAGAGAAAUGCCAAAAGACAGAUCAAGAGUUAAUUUCAGUGAAAUUGCUUCAGAGAUAAUCAGUGAUAUUAGGAUGAAAGUUUCCCAACAUCAAAUUCGAUUUUCAAAAGAUGAAGAAGAAACCAAGUUUGUUUAUUCAGAAGAUGAUGUUCAGCAUCUCGUUGAGUCAGUAUUCAAAAAUAUUUCACAAAACUCUGAAUCUCAGGCAUCACUUGAGCAAAAUAUCACAAGUAGUGAUGAUGUUCUUAUUGAUAGAAUAGCAGGUUUUAUCAUUAAACAUAUCUGUCAACAGCAUCUUCAGCCAUUUGUGGACAGAAAGUCAUUACCUUCAUCAUACACAUAUUUUGGCAAUGAGAGAAGGCAAUGGUUUUAUGCCAGUGUUUAUUCCUCAACUUUUUUGGAAGAUGUAGUUUCUGGGGUUUUAAGCAAAAUAUUCCACAGGGUGUUAGGCAUUGUACAAACAAAAUCAGUAAAAGAUUCAGAAAGUGAACUGUUUUAUAAAGUUGAAAAACUCACACAUUUGAUAACAGAGGAAUUCUCAAAGGCCCAAGUUAGCAUUUUAGAGAAUGCUGAGGAAAGAAUAUGGUUGCCUCCAGUGGAGAGAGAUACAGUCAAAAACAUUAUUGACAGGGUGUACAGCCAAGUUUUGCAAGAAUAUGAAAUGGAAAUAAUGCCUGAUAAAGAUUUUCUAAAUGACACAUUGGCUGCAAGGAUAACUAAAGUCAUCCUGGCUGAAACUUUUGAUUUCCAAAUUCAUCCAAAUCUUAUAGAAAAGCUUCCAUUUAGGUCACACUCCAAACUUAGUACUGAUGUUUUGAUAAAGAAAGUUCAGUGUGACAUUACUAAAUCCAGACUCCAAAGACAGGCUUCAACAAUAUAUACUACUAUGUUAUCACAUACUCAUUUGGAAAAAAUUGUGUCUCAGCUUAUAUCUCAGAUGAGUCCAUUGGCCUACAGUGCAGAACACCCAGAUAUUUCUCAAUCAGAAUUAAGUGAUACAGUCAUAAAGCUGAUAAAUGAAAUCAUGUCAAUAAUUUCAAAACAUGCAGUAUGUAUUAUUAAGCAUGGAAAUGAAAAGCAAAGUAUGAUUUCAGAAAAAGAUAUCCAGUCUAUGGUUGAUUCCAUUUAUGCUGAUCUUUCAUAUACAAAUAUAUACCAGUCUCUUACAAAAGAUAAAAAAGGUAUAAGUAAUAUGCCUGUUUCAAAAAUAGCAAGUUUUAUAAUAAAAGAAAUCUUUAACCAUCAUCUUCAGUCAUUUUUAUCUAGAGAUAAAUCUCUGCUUUCAGCUGCAGAUGAUCAGAAAUAUAAACAGAAAGCAGCAGAUCCUAAACAACAAGAAUUGUCUUCCAUUGUGAACUCAGCUGUCUUUUUGGAGGAAGUAAUUUCUGAACUUUUAUGUAAACUCCUUUAUGCAUUCUCACAUAAUGUCUUGGCUGCUGAAAACCCAGAAGCUGUAAAAGCCAAAAUUACUGGCAUUGUUACAACAUUAGUAAAAUCAAUUGUUCUGGAGUUCAGCACAUCAGAGAUUUUAGUUGCAGAUAACUAUGAUGAUGGUAUUUUUUUUUCAGAAGGCUAUAAAGAAAUGGUUCAUAAAACAGUCAACCUAAUUUAUGAAAAAAUACUAGAUGAAUAUAAGUCUCUGAUUCAAAUAUAUAGGGCUAUACAACGUGACACUGUUUGUUUUGGAAGAAAAAUAUAUAAUUUGCUGUUGGAAGAAAUUUAUGAUUAUCAGGUGCAGUCAUUAGUUUCAGGACAAUUAGUGUCUUCUUCAUAUUCUUCCCCUCAAGCUGAUAACAUCAUCAGAAAUGUGCUCAGUGUCAUCAUGAGGGACAGUCAUGCCUUGCCAUCAUGCAUUACUGUCCUGCCUCGUUCUCUUUUAGAAGAUAUUAUUUAUAAGCUUCUAGUGCUUAUCUUCCCUUCAACUUAUAGUGAAAGUGAAAUGAAAGAGGAAGAGGUUUCACCAGAUUAUGAGUUUGUAGAUGCAGCAUCAAAACUGACUGAUGAGAUUAUCAGAGAAAUUUCUGAACAUGAGAUCUAUCUUGCCACAGCAGAAGAGAAUGCAGAAAGUAUGCAGUCAGAAGUGGUUGAGAAUUUGGUUGACUCUAUAUGCAGUAAUAUUUUGAAAAAAUCUGAAUUUCAAGCUGAAGUUGAGAAAGAUGCAGACAAAAAAGGGGGCUUAUUCCUCAGUAAAAUAGCUGGUUUCAUCAUGAAGGAAAUCAUGGAUCAUCACCUGCAGCCAUUUUUACAUGGUGAAGAAUCAUCUUUUAGUAACUUAACUAAUUAUGACCAUGUCUCUGUACUUAGUAAAACUGGUAAAGAAAAGAGACAGUCUUCUUUAUAUUCAGCUACAUUUUUGGAAGAUGUAAUUGUUGACCUUGUUUGCAAGUUUUAUUCUCUUCCAAGUACUGCUGAAGAUUCUAAGAGAACAGAAACGCCAGAGCCAGACAUUGUGAGCUUGGCUAUAAAAUUUGCAAAGUCUCUGAUAGGAGAAUUUAGAAAAAGUGAAAUUAAAGUUCUACCAAAAGCUGAAGAAAUAUUUUCUUUUCCACCAAUUGAUAAAGAGACAGUUGACAAUAUAUCCAGUUUUGUGUAUGAUCAGUUCAUAGCAAAGUAUGGAUCUAAUGAUAUUCAGAAAGAUGAAAAAAAUAACAUUGUUAUAGAAAUGGUUGCUGCUUUAGCCCAGAAGGCAAUCUCUGUGUUCAAAAUUCAACCACUUUUUUCAGGAGACUGGUCUUCCACCUUCUUUUCAUUUCUAAAUCCAGAUAACAUUACCCAAAGGGUUCAACACCUUCCACAGAAAACCUCUGCACCAAUAAAUAGAUGUUUAAAAGGGAACGAACUUACUUUACCAGAACACUCAUACAAACCCACUUCUCUAACCUCAGACCAGAAAAAUGUGUUGGAUACGUUGGGAAUAGAUAGAGGUACAAUGAGUAAAAAUAAAAGUUUCAAAACUAAGGAGACAUCAAUGAAAAAAGGUGACAUCCAAGAUUCAGUAGUUACUUCUGUAACUAGAAUUAUGAAAAGCAAUAUGGAUAGCCUGGUAUCAGGGUCAGCUGUGGGUGUGGCAAAUAAAAAGAAAGUGAAUGAAAAUAAAAUGGGAAUUUCAGUUCAAAAAUCUGACGUAUCAGUAGUUACUUCUCUAACUACUAAUGUGAAAUGUAGAGAUACUCUCAAAUCUGACUCCUGUGUAACAUAUAAAAAUAAUGAAAUUGAGAAGAGCAUAUCAGCUUCAAAAGAUAAGGAGAGGCAAGGUAAAGAGAUACACACACAAUUUCUAGUAGCUACUAAUGAUACAGAAUGUGAAAAGAAAAUACCUGGAUCAUAUGUUGAAAUAAACCAUGAAAAGAAGAAUGAUAAAACAAGAGAAAAUCCAUUCAAAAAAGAAGACAAGCCCUUUCAGUUACCUCCUUUGACAUCCAAAGUGAGAAAUACAGGGAUCACAACAGAGAAAACUUUGAAAGUGACCCAAGAGGGAAACAAUGAGGAGAGAAAGGACACUCCAGUUCAAAUAAAUACAAAUGAGGGACAGUACUCAGAUUAUGAAAGUGUUCAAAAUGUCAUUGGAAAUAUUUAUGAAAAUAUCUUAGAAAUAUAUCAUUCUCAAGAAUCAGCAGAUUAUUCAAAACUCCAAAGUCCUCCAGGUCAUACAGAAUUGCCUGUAAUUCAAGAGGUUGGCAAGGAUGUUACACAGCCUGUUUCAAUUAUCAAAAAUCUCUCUGCCAAAGAGAAGGAAGAAACAGAGAGAGAGAGAACAAGAGAAAGAGAAAAAGAGAGGGACAAAGAGAAAGAAAGGGGGCAAAAAAGAGAAAGAGAUAAAGUGGAAGUUAAGGAGAUUAAAAAUGAGCCUAGUAAACUAGACAGUCCUCGGUACCCACCAAAAAGUAAACCUGGAAUUUUUCCUGCUAAAUUUUUAGAAGAUGUAAUCACUGAAAUGGUUAACAAAUUGAUCUUUUCCUCCUCAACAGAAACACAAACAUAUGAUACAUGUCAAAGCGUAAGUGAUGAUGAAAAUCAAGCUGAACUCUAUGACACAGCUAUGAAACUUAUUGAUUCACUGCUAAAGGAGUUUUCAGAUGCUCAAAUUAAGGUAUUUAGGCCCAAUAAAGAAAACCAGUUUUUUCCACCUGUGUCAUCAAGUUCUAAAGAACCACCCAGGCAUAAAGAAUCAAGUAUAGGUGAAGCAUCAUCCAACAUUAAAAAAACAACUGUGGAUGAAAUGCCACAUAUGCAUAAAGUAACUGAAAAACCCUCUUCAAAUAAGAUACCUUUCCUAGAUAAAAUUUCUGCAAUUGAUGAAACAUUGGUCAGCAAAGUUGUUCAUUCCUCUGUAUGCAAUAUUUUGAAAGAAUAUACAUCUCACGGCUCCAUUUGUAAGAAUAUAAAGAGUAAUACAGGGGAUUUAGCAAGAAGACUAACUAGUGCAGUGAUAACUGAAAUUUUUCAACAUAAGCUUAAUUUGAUACUGUGUGAUGAAGUACCAGCCUCAUCAUGUUUGCCUCUGGAAACUAAGGAUAUUGUUAAAAAGAUCCAAAAGGUGGCUCAAAUGGCCAGCAAAGAAUGUCAAACAUCAUCGCCAUAUACCAUCAUGCUGCCUCAUGAAUUUUUAGAGAAUGUGAUUUCUGCUCUUUUAUCUAAAAUUUUCUCAACAGUAUCCAAUACCAAAGCAGAAGCAUCUGAGGGCAACUGGUCUGCAGAACUAGAUUUCCUUCAAAUGAAGUUAUUAAGUACAGUUACAGCAGAGAUCUCCAAAGACGAAGAUACGAUUAUUCAGUAUGUAGAAUCCUUACAUCCCAAUGAUGAUGAAAUUAUUCAGUUAGUGGUUCAGUCACUAUAUGAUAAUCUCUUGUCUCAGUUUGGAUCACAAGAGAUUAUACAAAAUUGUGUAGCCAGUGGAUGUAGAAUUCUUUCAGAAACUGUAGUUGACUUAAUUCUACGAGAAGUGGCUGGCAAUCAGCUGCAGAACUACUUUUCUGGAGAGCUCACCCCAUAUCAGUGUGCAGAAGUUGACAGUGUUGUUGAAAAUAUUCUUAAGGAUGUUAUUGAAACUGCUGAUGCUCCCCAGCCUCAACCAUCACAUGCUCAUAUACUGCCUUACAACAUAAUAGAAGAAAUUGCUGUAAAAUUUUUAUCAAAGCUUUUAACUAUGUUUCCAAAAGUGGAUAAGGAAAAACCCAAAUCUCUAGAAACUGAAAUGCAAAAAAUAACCUCAAAAAUAUUAAAUUCAAUGCAAGAAUUCAUUUCGAAAAGUAAGAUUAAAGUUUUACCACCAGCAAAGGACUUGCCUGCUGUACCUUUAGCUGACAACAAAACUAUUGAAACAGUAGUUAAUUCUGUCUAUACCAGUGUUUUAAAACACUCUGGCUCACACAUGUCUAUACUUAAAGAUUUAAUGGGUAAGAGUAAUGUCCUCUCUGAUAUAAUAGGUUUCUUAAUGGUGAAAGAAAUUUCCAAUUCUGAAUUUCAACCUCAAGUAGAGGAAGAAUUGUCAAAUUCAGAAUUAGUUCUGGAAGCUGUAAAAAUUAUGGAAAAAGUGGUCAAAAUUGUUGAUGAAUUUAGGUCCCAGGAAAAAUCUUCAUCCAAGAAAGGUUCUUUGUUAGAUGCCAUGUUUUUAGAGGAAGCAUUGGCUUUGUUCUUGGCUAAAAUAGUAAGGUUGCCAAGUGCCUCAAGCAAAGAUGCGAAAAACUUAUCAAAGCCUGAAUUAAAUAAAAUUGCAUCUCAACUGACAAAAUCUGUGACAGCUGAAAUUUCCAAAAGUAAUAUUAGUCUUAUUGCCGCUGAUCCUGAAGAACGCUUUUUAAAUACGAAAAGUAUAGAAAUGAUUUCUCAGGUUAUUGAUUCGAUUUAUAGUAAUAUACUACAACAAUCUGGAACCCAUAAAGAACUUUAUUAUGAUAUAAAAAAUGCAAACAGAGUUUUCCCUAAAAAAGUGGCUAGUUUAAUUAUUAAUGGAGUUUCAAAUUUUCCCUUAGAUGUAGGUAGUCCACAGAAUUCAAGUGUUAGUAUCUGUGAAGAUCUAGACAUUGAUAGAAUUGUUCAAAAGGCACAAGAGCAUGCUGUUGAAAUGAUCCCUGACAUAGAUAAAGGAAAGUCAGAUGAAAAUUCAGUUGUAGAGGACUCUCCAAUUAAAAUAGUUCCAUAUGUUGGGGAUAAACCAAUCAAAAUAGAUCCAAACAUUAUCUCAGAACACUUAGCAGUAAUUUCUGUAAAGACUCAACCUCUUGAGAAACUUAAGAUGGAAUGUUUAAAAAAAACUGGACACAGCAUAGCAGAACUAAGAAGAGCAUCAAUAAGUGGAAGAAGUUACUACUCAUCGGAAAUGUCUGCUGUAGGAGAGUUAAAGAGAGAAAGACGUACCUCACUGAGCAAGACAGGACGACUAGAUAUAAAACCCUUUGAGGUUGUUUGCAGAAAUUCAUUUCAGAAUAUAAGAAAGCCUGAUAUCACCAAGGUGGAGCUUUUAAAAGAUGUUCGGAACAAAAAAGAACUUAUUGUUCGGUUAGUAGCUCAUGAUAUUGAUCAAGAAAUUUCAGGAAGUAGCAUAGAAGAGGGACUAACGUCUGAUGAAGAUGAAGUUGUUUUAAAAGAGAUUGUACAAGAAGAAUCCUUAGAACAAUUUGAGGAUCAAGUGAAAGAAGCCAGGAAGCCAGUAGAAAGCAAAGGUGUUUCUCCCAAACCAACACGAAGCACAAGCAGCCUGAAAAAAUUUUUUUCACUAAGCAAAUGUUGUCAGCCCACAUCCAGUGCAAAUGCUGAAAAUACUGAAGCAACUUCAAAUCAUGUAAUAGAACCUAAGGAAGUACAAGUUAAAAGAGCUCUUGCUAAGCUUGACAUGACCACCUGUUCAAGAACGUUGAUUGAAGCAGAUUCUUUUUGGGAGGAAAGACCACAGAGGAAGAAAGAAGAAAAAAAAACCAUUACUGAGCCAACACAUUACUUCAUACACAGAAUUAUGAGUUCAUCUUCAUACAACCAAGAAGAUCUGAUUUCAUAUGCCGGGGAGACUGAAGAUUGUACCCCAGAUACAAAUACUCAAAUUCUGGAAGAACAUUCUCAGGAACAAAGGCCAGAGUAUUCAAACAGUGUUAAGUUUAUCAGCUUAUUUGAAGGAAACAAGAAUGUUCUUGGCAGUGCGAAUCCCUCAAAAGAAGUCAUUUCAGAAACUCCCAAGCCCAAUAUUUCCAAACAAGGAUCCAAAAUGCUGGCAAAGGUAUCUUCAGCUCUGUCAAAGGUGUUUUCUCGAACUAACGCCAAUAUUUCCAAAUCUCCCUCACCACCUCACCAGGAAGGACCCUGAAGCUUCCAUAUCUGAUACA